AGAGAGAGACAGAGAGAGAGACAGACAGAGAGAGAGACAGACAGAGAGAGAGAUAGAGAGACAGAGAGAGAGAGAGACAGAGACAGAGAGAGAGAACAACUCUUCAGAGGGAUCAAUCGGAUUGUGCAGAGCUCGAACUGCUUCCAAAAAGGGUUGUUUCUCCACGGACACGUUUGGGACACAAUGAAUGUUUACCAAACACCAGAGAAGGAGAUCAUCUCAGGGCUGUCUUACAGGAAGAGAAGUGAUAGUGUUAUAUGGAAUUAUGAAUCUAAUGCCACCAUGGAGAUGAAUCCAGAGGGCCUACCUUCCCUGGACUACAGGGAAGAGGACCCCCCUCCCAACAAACACCUCAAGUACCACACCAGCCUGCAGAACAUGAUCCCAUUCCGCUUCUCAAACAAGUCCAACCCCAUGGACGAUGCGGGCUUCUUCUCCUUCACCUCGUUUGCCUGGAUGACUCCCAUGAUGUGGAGCCUGUUCAGGGAACCGACUGGACAAGAUGCCCUGUCUCUGUCUUCUCAUGAUGGGGCAGAAACCAAUGGGAAGAGGUUUGAGAGGCUUUGGGAGGAAGAGGUUGCUAAGGUGGGACUAGAGAAAGCUUCUUUAGGUGGAGUCUUCAUGCGCUUCCAAAGGACCCGAUCACUGGUGGCCUUCCUCGUCGCCAUCCUCUUCGCGCUCUCUGUGUUUAUCGGACCGGCGGUUCUGGUGUAUGAGAUCCUGAACUAUGCAGAAAAACCCGGGACGUCUACUCUGCUCCACGGUGUGGGUCUGUGUGUGGCUCUGUUCAUCUCAGAGUUCUCUAAAGCCUUCUUUGCCUCUCUACUGUGGGCUGUUAACCUGAGGACGGCCAUCAGGGUGAAGAGUGCCUUCUCUGUCGUCGCCUUCCAGAAGAUCAUCUCUCUCAGAUCCGUCAGCAACCUCUCUGUGGGAGAGAUGAUCAACGUGCUGACCAGUGAUGGCUACAGGAUGUUUGAGGCUGUGCUGUUUGGUACCUUCCUGCUGUGUAUCCCUGUGCUACUGACCGCCUGUAUAAUCUACGCCUGCUACACUCUAGGAUACACUGCCCUCAUAGGAGUCUCUGUCUACCUCAUCUUCAUCCCCAUACAGUUUUUAAUGGCCAGACUGAUCCAAGUGUUCAGGAGGAAAGCAGUGAGCGUCACAGACACUCGUGUCCGCACCAUGAACGAGGUUCUCACCUGUAUCAAACUCAUCAAGAUGUAUGCCUGGGAAACCUCCUUCGAGAAGAAAAUCACUGACAUCAGGAAGAAUGAGAAGCAGCUGCUGGAGAUGGCUGGCUACAUCCAGAGUAUCAACUCCUCCAUCACAACCAUCAUCCCCACCAUGGCAACCAUCCUCACCUUCGUGGUCCACACCCUGCUGGGCCUGCCUCUAAGCUCCUCGGAAGCUUUUACCACAAUCGCCAUCUUUAACUCCAUGCGGUUCUCCCUGGGUUUGCUGCCGUUCUCUGUCAAAGCCAUAGCCGAGGGACUGGUAUCGCUAGCCCGGCUAAAGAAACUGCUGAUGACACAGAACCCAGACUCGUACCUGGUCCAGAGACACGGGUCCUCCUCGGCCCUGGUCAUGGAGAAAGCAACAUUCACCUGGGCCAGGCCUGAAGGACAGACAACCACUACGGCACCAGGCACCACAGCCUCUCUGAAGGGAGGGAAGGUGGAACCACAGGGCCAGAACGGGACUCACACACCGGGCAAGACCGAGGCCAAGCCCACCCUGAGAAACAUCUCCUUCAACCUGCCUAAGGGAAACCUGCUUGGUAUCUGUGGGAACGUGGGAAGUGGGAAGACAUCGCUGAUAUCGAGCAUCUUAGAACAGAUGCACCUGCAGCAUGGUUCAGUCACAGCAGACGGAGAGUUUGCCUACGUUUCCCAGCAGGCCUGGAUCUUCCACGGUACGGUCCAAGACAAUAUCCUGAUGGGGGAACCCUUCAACCAGACCAGGUAUGACAAAGUCAUCAGUGCCUGUAGCCUGAUACCAGAUCUGGCUAUUCUUCCCUAUGGCGAUCAAACUGAGAUAGGUGAGCGAGGCCUGAACCUGUCUGGGGGUCAGAAGCAGAGGAUCAGCCUGGCCAGAGCGGUCUACUCCAACAAAGACAUCAUCCUGCUGGACGACCCUCUGUCUGCGGUGGACGCCCACGUAGGGAAACACAUCUUUGAGGAGUGUAUCAAGAAGACCCUGAAGGGGAAGAGUAUUAUCCUGGUCACCCAUCAACUACAGUAUCUGGAGUUCUGUGAUGAGAUACUGGUGUUGGAGAGUGGGAAGAUAAAGGAGUCAGGGACACACAAAGCUCUGAUGAAAGCUAAAGGCCGAUACGCACAGAUGAUCAACAACUUCCAGAUGGAGAAUUCACAGGAACAACCUGAGGAGCAGCCGACACAACCAGACCCCAUCGACACGAAGGAGAAGAACCUGGAUGAUCACAAGGGAAAAGGACUAGAAAACCCAGCUUUUGACAUGUCUGAUGAGAAACCAGACGAGUCGGGAGGAAGUCGAUCGGUAUCACAUGACGUCAGCGAGUCUAAGGACCAGCUGGUGACUCAGGAGGGUUCUCAGGAGGGUUCUGUUGCCUGGAGGACCUACCACCAGUACUGUAAAGCUGCAGGAGGGUACAUACUGCUGUCUCUCAUCAUCAUCAUCUUCAUCUGCUUGGUGGGGACCACUGCCUUCAGCAACUGGUGGCUCAGCUACUGGCUGGAGCAGGGAUCAGGGACAGCGAACGUGUCGAAUUCCACCGCAGGGAACAUCUCCCUGAACCCUGACCUGAGCUUCUACCAGAUGAUUUACGGCCUGGUGGUGGUGGCCAUGCUGGUCUUCAGCUUCAUCAAGGGCUACUCUUUCACCAAAGUCACGUUGCACGCAUCCUCCAAGCUACACGACACCAUGUUCAGAAACAUCCUGAACAGCCCCAUGAGUUUCUUUGACACCACUCCAACGGGACGUAUGGUGAACCGUUUUUCCAAGGACCAGGAUGAGGUGGAUACCAUGCUGCCCUUCAACAUGGAGAACUUCCUGCAGUUCUGCCUGAUGGUCACCUACACCAUCGUCACCAUCUCGGCCGUGUUCCCUCCCCUACUCAUCGCCAUCACACUGCUGGGAGCCAUCUUCACACUCAUACUCUAUAUAUUCCAGAGGAGCAUCAGAGAGAUGAAGAGGAUGGAGAACGUGAGUCGUUCCCCCUGGAUCUCCCUGACCACCUCCACCAUCCAGGGCCUCACUACCAUCCACGCCUACAACAAGAGAGAGCAGUACAUCCAGCAAUUUAAGGAGAUGAGCGACAACAACUCCAACCACUUCCUGUUGUUUAACUGUGGGACACGCUGGCUGUCCUUCUGGCUGGACUUUCUGUCUGCCUCAGUCACUCUGCUGGUGUCUCUGUUCGUGGUGCUCAGUUCUCCUGAUACCAUCAGCCCUACUAUGAAGGGCCUGGCGCUGUCAUACACCAUACAGUUGACAGGUAUGCUCCAGUACGUGGUAAGGUUGUCUACGGAGCUGGAGGCCAAGUUCCUGUCAGUGGAGAGACUACAGGAGUACAUCGAGGGUUGUGUCUCUGAGGCGCCCAGGAGAGUUAAAGACGCCCUCAUCCCAGAGGGUUGGCCUCAUAAAGGGGCCAUCUCCUUUAAGGACUAUACGAUGAGGUACAGAGCGAACACCCCCAUCGUGCUCGAUGGACUACAGCUCAACAUCCAGCCCAGGGAGAAGCUGGGCAUCGUGGGGAGGACAGGCUCCGGGAAGUCUUCUUUAGGAGUGGCCCUGUUCCGCCUGGUGGAACCAGCCGCAGGGACUAUCUUCAUAGAUGGGGUGGACACCAGCGCUAUCGGCCUGGAGGACCUCCGUAGUAAACUAUCAGUCAUCCCCCAGGACCCUGUCCUAUUCAUUGGCACUGUCAGGUAUAAUCUGGAUCCUUUCAACAACUAUAGUGACGAGGACAUCUGGUCUGCUCUGGAUAAGACCUUCAUGAAACACACAAUCUCCAGUCUCCCUGAGAAGCUGCAGUCGGAGGUAGUGGAAAACGGGGAGAACUUCUCUGUAGGAGAGAGACAGCUGAUGUGUAUGGCCAGAGCACUGCUACGAAACUCCAAGAUCAUCUUGUUGGACGAGGCGACGGCGUCGAUCGACUCCGAGACGGACUCUCUGAUCCAGCACACCAUCAGAGACGCGUUCCAGGACUGUACCAUGCUUACUAUCGCUCACCGCAUUAACACUGUCCUGGAGUCAGAUCGUAUACUGGUCAUGGACGCCGGAAGGGUGGUUGAGUGUGACAGUCCAGAGGUCCUGAUGCAGAGACCAGAUUCUCAGUUUGCAGCUCUCCUGACUGCAGCCAACACCGUCAACACAUGAGCCUGGACACACCCAUCUGUAGUCUGGACACACCUUCAUCUACAGUCUGGACACAUCUCCAUCUGCAGUCUGGACACACCUCCAUCUGCAGUCUGGUCUGCCCUUCAUCUGCAGUCUGGACACACCUCCAUCUGAAGUCUGGACAAACCUCCAUCUGCAGUCUGGUCACACCUCCAUGAGUCUGGACACACCUCCAUCUGUAGUCUGGUCACACCUCCAUCUGCAGUCUGGUCACACCUCCAUCUGUAGUCUGGUCACACCUCCAUCUGUAGUCUGGACACACCUCCAUCUGAAGUCUGGUCACACCUCCAUCUGCAGUCUGGUCACACCUCCAUCUGCAGUCUGGACACACGUCCAUCUGUAGUCUGGACACACCUCCAUCUGUAUUCUGGACACACAUCCAUCUGCAGUCUGGACACACCUCCAUGAGUCUGGUCACACGUAAAACUGAAGUCUGGACACACCCCCAUCUGAAGUCUGGACACACCUCCAUCUGUAGUCUGGACACACAUCCAUCUGCAGUCUGGACACACCUCCAUGAGUCUGGUCACACGUAAAACUGAAGUCUGGACACACCUCCAUCUGAAGUCUGGACACACCUCCAUCUGAAGUCUGGACACACCUCCAUCUGUAAUCUGGACACACAUCCAUCUGUAUCCUUGUCCCACCUCCAUCUGCAGUCUGGACACACCCCCAUGAGUCUGGUCACACCUCCAUCUGUAGUCUCGACACACCUCCAUGAGUCUGGUCACACGUCCAUCUUCAGUCUGGACACACCCCCAUGGGUCUGGUCACACCUCCAUCUGAAGUCUGGACACACCUCUAUCUGUAGUCUGGACACACCUCCAUCUGAAGUCUGGUCACAACUCCAUCUGCAGUCUGGACACACCCCCAUAUGCGGUCUGGACACACCCCCAUAUGAAGUCUGGACACACCCCCAUAUGACAUUUGGACACGACCCCAUCUGAAGUCUCCGCCCACCACAUGUGAUUAAUUGUCGGACCACCCCACCCCUCAACGCUUUCCCUGUUUUCCAUGGACACACAUGAAUGUGCAUGUGCCUGCGCGCACGCUUAUCCACAUAAACAUAUGCAAACACACACACACACGUGCGCGUGCAUACCUAAAGCCUAGGGCAUUAGCGUCAUGCUAGCAUUGACUAAGGAAGCAGUAUCAGGCAGUAACACCAUUAUGAAGUAACUAAACAGCAGUAACACCAUUAUGAAGUAACUAAACAGCAGUAACACCAUUAUGAAGUAACAAACCAGCAGUAAUCACAUUAUGAAGUAACAAAACAUCAGUAACACCAUUAUGAAGUAACAAAACAUUAGUAACACCAUUAUGAAGUGACAAAACAGGAGUAACACCAUUAUGAAGUAACAAAACAGCAGUAACACCAUUAUGAAACUACAAAACAGCAGUAACACCAUUAUGAAGUAACAAACCAGCAGUAACACCAUUAUGACGUAACAAACCAGCAGUAACACCAUUAUGAAACAACAAAACAGCAGUAACACCAUUAUGGAGUAAAAAAACAGCAGUAACACCAUUAUGAAACAACAAAACAGCAGUAACACCAUUAUGAAACUACAAAACAGCAGUAACACCAUUAUGACGUGACAAAACAGCAGUAACACCAUUAUGAAGUGACAAAACAGCAGUAACACCAUUAUGAAGUGACAAAACAGCAGUAACACCAUUAUGAAACAACAACAGCAGUAACACCAUUAUGAAGUGACAAAACAUCAGUAACACCAUUAUGAAGUGACAAACAGCAGUAACACCAUUAUGACGUGGCAAAACAGCAGUAACACCAUUAUGAAGUGACUAAACAGCAGUAACACCAUUAUGAAACAACAAAACAGCAGUAACACCAUUAUGAAGUGACAAAACAGCAGUAACACCAUUAUGACGUGACAAAACGGCAAUAACACCAUUAUGAAGUGACAAAACAGCAGUAACACCAUUAUGAAACAACAAAACAGCAGUAACACCAUUAUGAAACAACAAAACAGCAGUAACACCAUUAUGAAGUGACAAAACUGCAGUAACACCAUUAUGAAACAACAAAACAGCAGUAACACCAUUAUGAAGUAACAAAACAUCAGUAACACCAUUAUGAAGUAACAAAACAGCAGUAACACCAUUAUGAAGUGACAAAACAUCAGUAACACCAUUAUGAAGUGACAAAACAGCAGUAACAACAUUAUGAAACAACAAAACAGCAGUUAUACCAUUAUGAAGUGACAAAACAGCAGUAACACCAUUAUGAAACUACAAAACAGCAGUAACACCAUUAUGAAGUGACAAAACAGCAGUAACACCAUUAUGACGUGACAAAACAGCAGUAACACCAUUAUGACGUGACAAAACAGCAGUAACACCAUUAUGAAGUGACAAAACAGCAGUACCACCAUUAUGAAGUACAAAAACAGCAGUAACACCAUUAUGAUGUGACAAAACAACAGUAACACCAUUAUGAAGUGACAAAACAGCAGUAACACCAUUAUGAAGUGACACAACAGCAGUAACACCAUUAUGAAGUAACAAAACAGCAGUAACACCCUUAUGAAGUAACAAAACAGCAGUAACACCAUUAUGAAGUGACAAAACAGCAGUAACACCAUUAUGAAGUAACAAAACAGCAGUAACACCAUUAUGAAACUACAAAACAGCAGUAACACCAUUAUGAAACUACAAAACAGCAGUAACACCAUUAUGAAACAACAAAACAGCUGUAACACCAUUAUGAAACAACAAAACAGCAGUAACACCAUUAUGAAGUGACAAAACAGCAGUAACACCAUUAUGAAACUACAAAACAGCAGUAACACCAUUAUGAAGUGACAAAACAGCAGUAACACCAUUAUGAAGUGACAAAACAGCAGUAACACCAUUAUGAUGUGACAAAACAACAGUAACACCAUUAUGAAGUGACAAAACAGCAGUAACACCAUUAUGAAGUGACAAAACAGCAGUAACACCAUUAUGAAGUGACACAACAGCAGUAACACCAUUAUGAAGUAACAAAACAGCAGUAACACCAUUAUGAAGUGACAAAACAGCAGUAACACCAUUAUGAAGUAACAAAACAGCAGUAACACCAUUAUGAAACUACAAAACAGCAGUAACACCAUUAUGAAACUACAAAACAGCAGUAACACCAUUAUGACGUGACAAAACAGCAGUAACACCAUUAUGAAGUGACAAAACAGCAGUAACACCAUUAUGAAGUGACAAAACAGCAGUAACACCAUUAUGAAACAACAAAACAGCAGUAACACCAUUAUGAAACAACAAAACAGCAGUAACACCAUUAUGAAGUGACAAAACAGCAGUAACACCAUUAUGAAACAACAAAACAGCUGUAACACCAUUAUGACGUGACAAAACAGCUGUAACACCAUUAUGAAACAACAAAACAGCAGUAACACCAUUAUGACGUGUCAAAACAGCUGUAACACCAUUAUGAAGUAACAAAACAGCAGUAACACCAUUAUGACGUGUCAAAACAGCAGUAACACCAUUAUGAAGUAACAAAACAGCAGUAACACCAAUGACGUGUCAAAACAGCAGUAACACCAUUAUGAAGUAACAAAACAGCAGUAACACCAAUGACGUGUCAAAACAGCAGUAACACCAUUAUGAAACAACAAAACAGCAGUAACACCAUUAUGAAGUGACAAAACAGCAGUAACACCAUUAUGAAACUACAAAACAGCAGUAACACCAUUAUGGAACUACAAAACAGCAGUAACACCAUUAUGACGUGACAAAACAGCAGUAACACCAUUAUGAAACUACAAAACAGCAGUAACACCAUUAUGACGUGACAAAACAGCAGUAACACCAUUAUGAAGUGACAAAACAGCAGUAACACCAUUAUGAAGUGACAAAACAGCAGUAACACCAUUAUGAAGUAACAAAACAGCAGUAACACCAUUAUGAAGCAACAAAACAGCAGCUUUGUCUUGUAUUUGAUUCACAGCACUUUGUCUUGUAUUUGAUUCCCAGAAUGUUGUCUUUUAUAUGAUUCACAGCACUUUGUCUUGUAUUUGAUUCACAGCACGUUGUCUUGUAUUUGAUUCACAGCACUUUGUCUUGUAUUUGAUUCACAGGACUUUGUCUUGUAUUUGAUUCACAGCACUUUGUCUUGUAUUUGAUUCACAGCACUUUGUCUUGUAUUUGAUUCACAGCACUUUGUCUUGUAUUUGAUUCACAGGCACUUUGUCUUGUAUUUGAUUCACAGCACUUUGUCUUGUAUUUGAUUCACAGCACUUUGUCUUGUAUUUGAUUCACAGCACUUUGUCUUGUAUUUGAUUCACAGCACUUUGUCUUGUAUUUGAUUCACAGCACUUUGUCUUGUAUUUGAUUCACAGCACUUUGUCUUGUAUUUGAUUCACAGCACGUUGUCUUGUAUUUGAUUCACAGCACUUUGUCUUGUAUUUGAUUCACAGCACUUUGUCUUGUAUUUGAUUCACAGCACUUUGUCUUGUAUUUGAUUCACAGCACUUUGUCUUGUAUUUGAUUCACAGCACUUUGUCUUGUAUUUGAUUCACAGCACUUUGUCUUGUAUUUGAUUCACAGCACGUUGUCUUGUAUUUGAUUCACAGCACUUUGUCUUGUAUUUGAUUCACAGCACUUUGUCUUGUAUUUGAUUCACAGCACGUUGUCUUGUAUUUGAUUCACAGCACUUUGUACUUUAUAUGAUUCCCAGCAGGUUAACACGUUGUCUUUUAUAUGAUUCCCAGAACGUUGUACCUUAUAUGAUUCCCAGAACGUUGUACUUUAUAUGAUUCCCAGAACAUUGUACUUUAUAUGAUUCCCAGAACGUUGUACUUUAUAUGAUUCCCAGCAGGUUAACACGUUGUCUUUUAUAUGAUUCCCAGCACUUUGUCUUUUAUAUGAUUCCCAGAAUGUUGUCUUUUAUAUGAUUCCCAGCAGGUUAACACGUUGUCUUUUAUAUGAUUCACAGCACUUUGUAAUUUAUAUGAUUCCCAGCAGGUUAACACAUUGUCUUUUAUAUGAUUCACAGCAGUGAAAACAGGCAGUAAAGAGGAUUUAUUUUUUGAUAAUCCGAGGUGAAUGUUAGCCUGUGUACCAGGCCUGUUUGUGCUGUCAUUCCACUCCUUGCCUCUGCUUGUCAAAUGCCAAUGAGUGGAAUAACAGCUAACAGCAUGUCUGGUAGCCAGGCUAGGUAAAGCGAAUGUCCCAGUGACAUCUCAUUCCCCUGGAUAGAGGCACAGAUUCCUGCAGAACUAAUGAUGAUGAUGACGUUACUAUUAUACAAGGUGAAAUGACAUGUUACGUGUCUUCAUCUCCGAUACUUAUUUAAAGUGUAUUUAUUUAUUUUUUUUGUCUCUGAUUUUAGCGUUUUAUGUUGAAAGUGUGAAAGAUAAAGUAGGGAACGCGGUAUUACAUGCAACAAAACAUAAACCGUCUGUACAUAUCUAUAUAUCUAUAUCUAUAUAUCUAUAUCUAUAUAUAUAUAUCUAUACUGGAUGGAUGGUUUAAAAUACAUGUAUUAAAUUACAUGUAUUAAAUCUCAUGGGAUGUUUUGUGAGUCUGAGAAUAUGUAACUCUUCCAUCUAAUACACACUAUUGUGUUAUUUGAUUACAAUAUCCAAAAUACCUGUUAUAAUCAUGCUGCAUUACCUCAAUAAAGCACAACUCAAACUUG